AUGGAAAUGAUUGAUGAAUUGGAUAUACGCAAUGAUUUUCCCGGCUCGACGGCUAUCAAUUCCAUUCAUAUAAACGUUGAUCAAGCCGUGGGAAACGAAAAUGAGCCUCGGGAAAGGAUCCGAAAUCUAGACGAGGAUGCGAUCAAUCGGAGUCGCGCCGCCGCCGCCUCUGGGCCACCAUCGCCGAGUCUGGACCUACAAACGGCGAGACCGGGCGGAUUGUCGACGAUAAGCGGAGUGUUCGCCCCGGUUGCCCUUUCGAUGUUCAGCAUUUUGCUCUUCAUGCGAAUGGGUUUCGUUGUCGGCCAACUCGGUUUCUUGAUGACCGUUAUGCAAUUGUUGAUGGCUUAUUGUAUCGUUCUUCUCACUGUUCUUUCUUUAUGCGCCAUUUCAUCAAAUGGAGCGAUUGAGGGCGGAGGAGUGUACUAUAUGAUCUCUCGCUCGCUUGGUCCCGAAUUUGGUGGAGCGAUCGGUGUGCUUUUCUUUGUCGCCAAUGUUUUCAGUUGUGCGCUUUACAUCUCAGGAUUCACCGAGGCUCUCCUCAAUAAUAUUGGCAAUGGACAAUUUCCCGACAGUCCCGGUUGGCGUUUCGUCUACUGUGUGCUUGUGUCCGUCUUUUUACUCAUCAUCUCACUCCUUGGAGCAGGUCUCUUCGCAAAAACAGCACUCAUCACUUUUAUCGUGAUCUCAUUUUGCUACUCAACGUAUAUUUUCACUGUGAUCACCACCGGAGCCAAGAAUGUCACGAUUCCGAAGACGAACACGAACGCUUAUAUGGUUCUGAACAACAUCAGCGAUCCAUCGGCCGGCUCACACAUUGACUAUAAUCAGACACUCACCGCCGAGUACACCGGUUUCAGUUUCCAUUCUCUAUCCGACAACAUGCUCACUAAUUACACUCACGACUACACGACGGAUAAGCCUGUCGACUUCGCGCUCAUGUUCGCCAUCAUUUUCUCCGGGGUUACUGGUUUAAUGGCUGGAGCAAACAUGUCUGGUGAACUGGCUCGACCGAAUGUUUCGAUUCCUCGAGGAACCGUUCAAGCCGUUUUCACAACAUUUUUCGUCUAUAUAUUCACCGCGUUAAUGAUGGCUGCGACGUGUAGCCGCGAUUUGUUACAGAAUAAUUAUACGGUGAUGCUCGACGUGAACGUCUCUCGAUGGUUUAUUUUGGUGGGAAUCUUCUCGACAACCGUUUUCUCGUCACUCUCGAAUUUAAUCGGCUCGAGUCGUGUGCUGAAUCGACUUUCACAGGAUAAACUCUUCGGCAUCUUGCUCCGUCCGGCUUCUAUCGAAAUCGGCGACAAAAAUCCCGUUGUCUCUGUGUUUAUUUCGUGGAUUUUCGUCGUGCUAGUUCUCUCAAUCGGUGCAAUGAACAAGAUCGCCAAGUUGACCUCGAUUUUCUUCCUGUUGUCCUACAUGGGAGUGAACAUUGCCACACUGGCCUUGGAGCUCACCUCAGCUCCAAAUUUUAGACCAACCUUCAAAUAUUUCUCCUGGCAAACGUGUACAGGCGGAGUGAUUGCAACGGCGACAAUGAUGCUCGUUGUCGACUCGGCGAUGAGUGCACUCGCUAUUGUUGUACUGUUGGUUUUAAUCAUGAUUCUUCACUACCAAGCUCCCGUCGGUUCAUGGGGAUCGAUCUCUCAAGCUCUUAUCUAUCAUCAAGUCAGGAAAUAUCUAUUGCUGCUUGAUGUCAGAAAGGAACAUGUCAAAUAUUGGCGUCCCCAGAUUUUGCUUUGUGUGUCUCGGCCGGCUUCUGCUUUUCAGUUGAUGGAUUUUGUGAACGAUUUGAAGAAAAGCGGUCUUUAUGUGAUCGGUCACGUCCGAAAAGGAGCCAUGGAUGCACAAGAGCCCAUCGAUCCGCUGCAACAAGUUUUUCCCUACUGGCUCUCAUUAAUCGACUAUCUCAAAUUGAAGGCUUUCGUUGAAUUGACAAUCUCGAACAAUAUUCGAAUUGGAUUGCAACAGUUGAUGAGACUCUCCGGCUUGGGUGCGAUGAAGCCAAACACAGUGGUGCUCGGCUUUCACGAAGAGAACCCCAGAGAGGCCACUUUACAGGAACAACAACUUUUGAAAGAUCUCCGCUAUUCGAAAAUCGAUCGCUCGGCUGUUGUUGAAUAUUUCACAGCUGGGGAUUACAUGCCUACGGAGUUGAAUGGGAAUAUGGAAAGAAUUGGAAGUGUCGACUAUGUGAAUGCAUUGAAAGAUGUACUUCAUAUGACGAAGAAUCUCUGCGUCGCGCGGCAUUUCUACAAACUCGACAAAGAGGCGCUGGCUCGGGGAUGGAAUGGGCAAAAGAGAUUCAUCGAUGUUUGGCCUGUUGAUUUGCAAAAACCCGGAGAGACCGGAUUGGGAUGGGAUAAUAGUUCCCUCUUCCUCUUGCAGCUUGCCUGCAUUUUGUCGAUGUCAUCCCGUUGGAGAAACAUCGCUCGUUUGAGGGUUUUCAUUUGUGUCAACUCUUUACAGGACAUGCAUCGCCGCGAGAAACAACUCAAAAUGAUGCUCGACGCGUUGAGGAUAAAAGCUGAAUCAAUCGUUGUUCCGUGGGAUCACGUUGUAUGUCAUUUCGGGCAACAAACCGAGAAUAUGCCUCUAAAACCAACGACUGAACUUCCUCAGCCAUACGUAACCGCAUUUAACGAUAUGAUUCGAAGAUACUCAGCUGAGGCGGCGCUUUGCUUUUUGAAUCUUCCGCUACCGCCGGAUAGCGCUGAGAUGGACUCGGAAAAAUAUCUGCGCUUGUUGCGCAUUUUGACGGACACCCUCCCGCCGACAAUGAUGGUUCACGGGCUCUCCUCGGUGAUCAGCACCGCUUUG